AAGCGGCUAGCGUUAUCGAAACCCAGCCCGACAACAAAAUGAUGGCCGAAACGGUAGUGACGGUGGAGACGCCGAACCGCAACGCUGGUGCACCGGCGGCAACACCGGCGGCGGGCCAGGCUCAGGCCAAGCCGGAAUCCAAUCUCAACUGGCUGAAGUUCAACACACAGUACUUCAUCACCAUCCCGGGCAUAUUGAAGAUCGUGCAGGUGGUCUUUGGUAUCAUCUGUAUGGCGUGCGCCUCGCCUGCACUGAUUGGUGGGACGCACUUCUUCCUGUUUGCCGUCGUCACCUUCUUCAUCGCCACCCUGCUCUGGACGUUCGUGUACCUGCUCGGCAUUCGCGAGGUUCUGAAUCUGCCCAUCAACUGGAUACUGACGGAGUUGAUCAAUACGGCGAUCGCGACACUGCUGUACUUCAUCGCCUUCAUCGUCCAGCUCGCCUCCUGGUCGAACCUGUACGGACGUGGACGCGGUUCGAACAUUGCCGCCGGUGUGUUUGGUUUGUUCAACUUCCUCGCGUACGCAGCCGGCACGUACUUCCUGUACGUAGAGCACCGGUCCGCCGGUGUGUAAAGCCGUCCCUGUUCCCUUGGCGGGUUGUCAUCGUGACGCGUCCACCGUACGGAACACCACCGCAGAUGACACCUGUUUGCUGCGCUUCACACAUAUCGCACACCGACCACACCCGGAUCGUGACGGGCCGGUCGGUUGAUAGGUAGAUUGUUCUGGUGCUUCGCCUCGUCAGGCGUCUCCCUGGAAGCGGGUCGCAAUGGCGGCAUCACGAACCAGCCGGGAAGAAAAGAGAAGAAAACAAAACCACAAACAAAGCAAACAAACGAAAUAAUGCCAAUGGAGAAUCCGAGACCCAGUCACCGAAACAGUGCGCGCGUUUAUAUAUAUAUAUAAAUAUAAAUACAUAUAUUUUUAGUACUU